AUGGAUAACUUUUUUCUUAGCAAUGAAGACCCCUUCGACGACUACGAUUGGAUAUCGACGACAAAACAGCAGCCCCUAGUUUACCAAUUAAGAUCCACUCUGGCAACAAAUGCGAAAAAGCUUAAUGACGCGAAAGGGAGUUCAGUUGUACUGAUGGCAUACGACUACGCGAAAAGCAUAAUCGACGCAGAGAAAGAUCACGUUGUCCAGCUUGUACAAGAUUGGAAGUUCCCAAAGGCUGUGGUGCAAAGUUUCCUCACGAGAGGGGUGCCAAUGGGCUUUCAUCGACGAACAGACGCUACGAAUAUCUAUUUUUGGUAUUACGUUACUACCUCACGUCCAAAAAAGGAUAUGGCAAUGUACGAUUUCGUGCGGGUUUGCACCGUAUACGACACGACUACUUCCUUUUCACGUACCUUGGUGUUUUGUCCCCAGAGCAUAAUCGGCAAAGCGAGAGAAGCAUUGCAGAUAGCCUGUAAUGCUGAACCCAAUACCAAUACAGAGAUUGAGGACUGGGCGAUCCCACAUCUCUUUAUCACGCAUCUGUGCAUAAAAGAAUGGGAAAAUGAGGAAGAGCGAGUUAGACGCUCAGCAAACAACUCGGCCGUGUGGUUGAACUCUAACGCGGAUAAACUUGUGGACACUGAGCCGAUAGAGAUCAUUGACAGACAGCUUCAUCGUGUUUACUGGAGUAUGUUUUACUCUGAUACUCUGAACAGUGUUAUACCCCAUUUGAGACAGGAGUUUGAAAUGUUUCAAGUCCACCGGACAUGUCCAACAACAAAGAUCUUUGAAAUUCUGGAUUCGCUUUCAGCACGAAUGGACAGCACACGCUUGAAUUUCGAAUUCUUUGAGAAUUACUUCAAUACUGAGCGUCAAAAAUUCCUCGAUAUGAUCAUCAUUAGAAACGCCGGAUAUACUCAAAGGAAUACCAUUGCACUCCGGAGAAUAGCAGAAAGUAGCCGUGAAGAUGCUCAGGAAAUGAAACGGCAGUCUCAGCAAGCUCUCGAAUCGUCUAAGCUCAUGAUGAAGAUAUCAUAUUUGUCAAUGUUCUAUCUUCCUGGUACAUUUCUCGCUUCCCUCUUUAGCACCCCCUUUUUCCAAAUAAACCAAGAGCUGCAAUUUCCAGCUCUCACGAAGUUGUGGAUUUAUUUUCUUUUUGCUACCAUCCUUACGGCAGUCACUUUCCUAGCAUCGACUGUAUGGGAUAUCAUUCGAGAUUGGUCAAAUAAUCGAACAUACAAACAGGCAAACCCGGGAUUGUCGACGAAGAAUGAAGGGGACAAUUACAUGAAUCCUGACAGAUCAUUGUUAGAACCUGGACCUUCCGCGUUGAAUGCUGAAGCACUCAAGAGUUAUUUAGCCAAACGCUAUUCUGAUGUAAUCGACGAUGAUGUCGACGAUGAUAUCGACGAUGAUGUUGACGAUGAUAUCGAUGAUGAGAUCCAAGGUGAGAUCGAAGAUGAGAUCGUAGGUGGCUCUCCGCACCUACAUGGGACAGUAGCAACGGAAACCGAAAAUAAUUGA